AUGGGCCCUCUGCCGUUUGCCGUCCUGCACUCUGUCCUCUUGCACGUCAGACAUCAGGGACAAGGUCGCCUAGACGAUCUGCUGGCCUGCGCCUUGUCUCUCACACUCCGCAUCCAAGGCGAUACGGGGUCACAUCUUGAUCCUUCUAACGGCAAGGCGCCACAUCCGGACCUCCGCGCGGGCGUCCAGAGGUUGGCUCCCAUGCUCAAGGCCAUGGAGAAUCUAGCCUGCGUCUCCGUCGUGGCUGCACCGACUGGUAUCUGCUUUGUCUCGCGCCAAGACCUGAACACCAUCGUCGAGUCUCUUCCGCCAGCUUGCAUCCACCUUGAGAUAGAUACCCGAGAAACAGACGUGUGCACGCUUGACGGGGAGAAGCGCGGAACAGAUCACAUUUGUCCAUUCGUCAUACGGUUGCUUCCCCAGCUCGUGCAGCUACGUCUGCGCACCAGGACUAUGUGCCCUGCCCUUUUCCACACAGGAGUGGACGACGAGGAUCCCCUGAGGGUGCAGCCGGGGAACCUAUCGGGACACAGCUUUUUACGAAUGCCCAAGAUCCGCUCAUUGCUGGGGGAUUGUGGCAGGGCAUACGUUGGAAACCACCGCCGGUGUGGCGCUGAUAUGGUCGCCGCCUAACAGGCGGAUCCCAGCAUGUCGGCCUGGAGCUGCAUCACACAGACGAUGGAAAGGAUGGUAGCAGUCGCUAGGUCCAUGCAUCACGACGUCUUGGGCACAACCAGGGGCCGGACAGCAGUAGCCCUUGGUCUUGGCUGCUCGACCCGAGCAAGGUCAAGACUAGAUGUUGGCUAUUUGCCACAUCGACCACGACGAUCACAAUGACACGCUCUGGGCGUCCGUAGUGCGUGCUGACAUGCUCAAUGAGCAGUCGUAGGCGAUCCCUAUCCGACAAAUCUGGCCCGCCGACGUGCCCGGCAGCUGGCUCAUGAGGCUGCCAGACGGACGAGAGGUCAUGGGACGAGUGCUCACCUCCUAACGCUGGAGGCGGGCGAAGAAGAAGCUUGACUUGACCUCUGGGUCGGGGCAAGGCUCCC